AUGCUGGCUGAUCAAAAGGAAGCUGAAUCCAGGAGACAAGCUUCGAUUCAAAUCCAGGCUGCCCUCGAGCAACAGAAUAAGGAUAUCGCAGAACGUCAAUCUGUUGUCAUGGCGGACUUGGCAGAUGCUGAAACAGCGGUCAAAGAGGCCCAAGCCGCCGUCAGUAACAUCAAGAAGCAGCACUUGAUCGAAGUCAGGUUGAUGGCCAACCCCCCUGAGGCCGUCAAGUUAGCCAUGAAAUCUGUUUGCACGAUCUUAGGACACCGUCUCGGGGAAUGGAAAUCUGUUCAAGGAAUCAUCAAGAACUCAGGCUUCAUUGAGAGCAUCAUGAAGUUUGAUGCUAAAGAGAAAAUGACUCACCAGCUCCGUGAGAAGAUGAAAGCCGACUUCCUGUCCAGAACUAUGUUUAAUUUCGAUACUGUUAACCGAGCAAGUAAGGCUUGUGGCCCGUUAUGCAAAUGGGUCAUCGCCCAGGUCAAGUUCUCCAAAAUCUUACAUAAAGUCGGCCUACUUUGUCAUGAAAUCAAUUUGUUGGAAGAACAGGCGGCUACCACUCAAGAAAAAGCGGCAACUAUUGUGACGAUGAUUGCGGAGCUUGAGGGUAGUAUUGCGAGAUACAAACCUGAAUACGCUACGUUGAUUGGUGAAACUGAAGCAAUCAAGCGGGAGAUGAAUUGGGUCGAGUCCAAAGUAGAGCGCAGUAUGACUUUCCUAGAAAGCUUAGGAUCUGAAAAGACUCAAUGGGGGGCCGGGAGUGCUACCUUUGACACCCAAAUGAGCAAUGUUGAAUAA